AUGUCGGCAGCUCGCGAUGGCGCCGGCCAGGCUGAUUGGCCCCAGCAGGCGAGCCAGGGCCACCAGGACCAGGAUGAGAAUAACCACAGCCACACGAGUCUUAGCAGUCCUUGUGGGGGUCAUUCCCAGUCUAGGCUCAGUCUGCUGCCACUGCCGACUUGCAGCCCGCGCUCCGUUGCCCAGACCAAUUUCCAACCUGAUCAUCCUCAAAUACACGACUUCUAUCACGCCCCGUGUCCCCAGCAGCUGCAGCCAUCCGACCUCUUCCUCCCUCCCCCGUUCUCUGUUGACACCAACCUGUUUGGCCUGCCGGAGAGCCAGCUGCUGCCCGAUCGAUACACGUUCGAGCUUGGAUCUCAGAUCUUCCCGCCAGACCCCGCAGGCGCUGCAACCACCUCUAACAUUAACUGCGUUAGCGCUACUGAGCAGCCUCCACCAGCGGAUGCGAGUUUCUUCCCCACCGCCGUCCCGCAGACCUUCCAGCAACCGCUUCUCUCUCAGGACGAGACCCUGAGCAGAUCGUCCCAAGGCAACGGUCUGGGAGUAGCUCCGGCUAUUGAUCCGACCCCGACGGACUCGCUGCGUAGUUGGCCCCAACCCCCUUUGCUUCCCCGGUCAACCGUCGUUGACUGGCCUGUGCCGCUUGCUCUCAGGUCUGACAAACCACAGGCGCCGCCCCCCAUGCCCAGGAAUGCAGCGUCGGCUGAUAGCCGCCAGGACAAGGCAGGCCCAUCUACAGACACAUCCUCGGCAGCGCCGACGAAACCGUCCCGGGGCCCUCCCAAGGCGACCCGGAAGCGGGCGAGAGUGGAGGAUGCUGACGAGGCAGACGCCGCCGAGGCCGGUGAGCAGUCUCCAGACCCAGCCAGAGAUGGUGAGCCAUCAGGCCAGAGAAAGAAGACCCGUGGCCGGCCCCGUAAACGCCGACGCCAGCAAAUUCGCGAGGCUCAGCGCGCAUACCGCGCGCGCAAGGACUCGGCCAUCACGGAGUUGGAGGAUAAGCUCCUCAAGGCCCACGAGAAGAUGAGCAACAUGGCCAACGAGUUCUCCAAGUUCAUCGACUUUGCAAACACCAAGGGCGCGCUGGCCAGCAACAACGUCGAGGUCUCGCGGCGCUUGCAGGAUAUCAGCAGCAAAUUCCAAACCAUAGCUUCCGAGAGCGCCAGCGCAGGCGCCGGCCACCCGCAAGCUGUAGAUCCGUCCGGUUCAAGUGUAGUGAGCAAUGGCACCGACGGUCAUCGACGCAUUCUGCCCCUGCUCAGGCCAAGUGACUCGGCCCACAGCUCGUCUCCCAGCUUCGUCGAGGUGACCCAAGCUCUGCAGGUCGACUCCUCCUAUGAGAUUCUUGCUCAUCCUACGCUUAGCAAUGCCAGCUUCCCCGACUACGACCCUAGCGCGCAGGCGCCCGAGGAUCUUGACCUCGAUGAAGAAAUCCCAGUUGCAACCGCUUCAUGUUACGUGGAAGCAAUAGGCCCAGGUCUGCAGGCUCCAGUUUCGUAUGCCCACCAGGAGCUAACUUUCGGUCGCCGUAUGCAGCGCAACAUCCUCGAACGUGGUUUGAGACUUGUAUCAAUGGAGUCUCCACCUCCGGAUAGGUAUCACGCCGUGUUUGGAUUCUGUCUUCUCUUUGAAUCUCGCGAAUCGAUUACCUGGCGCCUAAGGGACAGGCUCAUGGCUGCCCGGGGCGAAUCUCUCAACUACUGGAGGGCUCCUUUCACAAACCUGGGCGGCGCGGGAUGGCACUACCCCAAUGCAACCAGCCAAUCCGAUUCCUCGAGUAGCUCGUCAUUCGAUGCUCCCUAUGGCAACCAGGGCACCUAUGAAGCCCACCGGCCUCAGCAUAACACAGGGUAUUCGAUGGGACCUCAUUGGGAUUCAUCAAUAGAGAAUGUCAAAUGCCGCAUCGGUAAGAGGAUGCAGAUUUUAUUUCCCGGCUUCACAGGUGAAUUUCUAGACACAGGUGAGAUUGAGAUUUACAUGCGUGAGCGAGGCAUCUACAUCCCCGGCAACGCAGAUUACGUGAAGGCCCAGGUCGACCUGGAUGACUUCAACGGCGCAGUCGACAUCUUUGCUUACAACAAGCCCCGUGACACCGGCCCCAAAUUGAUCAGUGGUCCCAACACGGGCCCGCCCUUAUUCAAAGACGGUUCAACGCCAGGAGCCCCGGACACCAACAGCAUCUUUCCGUUCAUAUGCCCGGCCAUCCCGACGCAACCGCCUCCGCCGCCGCCGCCCUCCCGCAAGAUGACCGUAGAUAUAGACGUCACCGUCUUGGCAGAAGGAAUUUGUGCCAACGCCGUAUGCCUUGGCCGAACACCCGCGAUACGGCCGAAAGACCUCGACAAGGCUCUCGACCAGGCAAUGUUCAACCGGAUACCAAUCUACAAUCCAUUCAUGCAUUUUCCUCAAAUGCGAUAA